AUGCCUGUACGAGUGCUGUGCCUGCAUGGCUCUCGGCAGACGCGGGAGAUCUUCCAGAAUCAACUGAGCCUCUUCCAGGAUGACCUUGCCCACAUUGCAGAACUUGUGUUUCUAGAGGCACCGCAUGUUCUCCCUUUCAUCACAGCGCAAGAUGACAUCCUCACACGAUCGUGGUGCAGCACGGACGGCAAAGAAGACUAUAGCGCUGGAGAUGCACUGGUGGCGUCGGCGAUGCAGCCCGGCGGCCCAGACACUGACCUUGCCUUCACCAUCAUGUUUGGUUUCUCGCAGGGCGCAUUGAUGAUUUAUCGAUACCUGUGGCUGCACGCGAGAGACACCGCAGUGUCUUCGCAGCUACGCGGUGUCAUCGUAGCCGGGGCGCAAGAUCCACGACGCAUGCUCCCGUGCGGCGGAGGCCGCACACUGUCUCAGCUCCCCCCUGACCGCGCUGCGGGCUCCUUUGCCGGGCCCCCCGUCUUUGGCGCAUUGCCCUUUCUUCACCUCAUUGGCAGGAAGGACACCAUCGUGGCACCGGAGGAAAGUGCCGCCUUCGCGCAGGUGUGCAGCAGCACCUCUCGUGUUCUCUUCCACGAGCAUGCGCACAGUAUUCCUGCACUGAAGGAAGUGCGCACAGCAGUGCGAGAGGUCUGCCUGGCAGCCUCGAUGAGCUCAGUCAAGGUGGCCGAGGCGCUCGAGGCCCGUGCCGAGGAGCUGGAGAUGGUUCGCUCCAUGUACGAGGAGGAGUGCGUUCUGACCCGCGGUGACGAGACUCUCGUGCGCAUUCCACUCUUCACCGACGCGGAGUCUCUGCUGGCGUCUUCCUCUUCAUCGGUGACGGUGUCGCUGGAUGCGUCUACGGUGCACGCCCUUGAGCGCAUCAAGGUUUGCUUCCACGUUCCCUGGAGCUACCCGUCAACGUUGCCGAUGGUAGAGAUAACUGGUGGUCCAACCUGGCACUCGGUCAAGUACGAGCGCUGGGCAGCAGGCAUGGUGGUGCGCACCUCGGCCUACCUCGCUGACGAACUCGGUGUCGGGACGGCUAUGCUGCUGCCAGCCUACCUCUACACCGCUGGGCUGGCGCAAGAGGAAGUGGACAUCCUUCUCGAUGUGUUCACCAAGGAGGCGUGCAGCGGCGACCGCGCUCACGGCUGCCGUGACGGCGGGGCUGACGGAGAAGCUGCAGUGUCACAGCUAGCUGGUCCUUGGGCUACCGAGGACGAGUUGCUCCGACAAACGUACAUCACUGAGGCGGAGGCAAAAGCUGUCGAAGUCCUCUUGGCUGAGGCAAAGCGCAACCGCGAUUGCCGCCGGCCAGCCACAGACGGCGGCGAUGACGGCCGAGAUGCUGAGAGCGAGGUGGUCGAGCUUGAGGCCCCUACGGCCGCUGGUGGCGGUGGCGGGACCUGCACACUAACAAUCGGCUUGAUUGGCAAGCCCAGCGCUGGUAAGAGCACCUUCUUCAACGCAGUCACGAACCCGGCCGACGAGAGCGACGCGGCGCGUGUUGCAUCUUUCCCUUUCACCACUAUCGAACCAAACGUUGGCACUGCUCUGGCGCCUCUGUACUGCCCAUGUGCGACGCUGCGCGCGGCAGAGUUGGCGCCUGCUGAUGACGACGUCACAGGCGUGACUGCAGCAGCCUGCAGUGCGGCGUCAUGUAACGCUGCUCUUUCCUCCGGCCUUACUGGGACUCUGUGCGAUGCAGCUUACGGUCACGUAUGUGCGCUGGGCAGCGACCGCUUUCGCCGACAUCCGGUAAAGGUGAAGGACGUGGCCGGGCUUGUGCAGGGCGCAUACCAAGGCAAGGGCAAGGGGAACCAGUUCUUGAAUGAUCUGUGCGAUGCGGACGUGCUGGUACACGUGGUGGAUGGUGCGGCUGCGACGGAGGCGGACGGCACGGCGUGCACCCCCGGCCAGGGCUCCACGAUGGAGGACAUUGCGUGGGUGCGCUCAGAGGUGCACAGCUGGAUCUACGACAACCUUCGAGCCAAGUGGACGAGCCUUGUGAGGCAGCCGACAAAACUGCGCACCAUGUUCAGCGGCUACCGGAGCACACCAGCCUUCGUGGACCGCGUGUUGCGGCGCGUCGGAAUCGCCAAUGAUAUCGCGCUGACCGCAAUUCUACGCACAUGGGGGCCUCAGGAGCUACACGCGUUCGUGGCUCUGUACAUUCGUCUGCGCUUUCCACUGAUCGUGGCUCUGAACAAGGCAGACCUCCCCGCUGCUGCUGGCGUGGCAGAAGCGUUGCGCCAGGCGUACCCGCACGAGGUGUUCGUCCCCAUGACGGCGAGGAUAGAGUGGCUGGCGCUUCAACUGAGCCGCAAAGGCUACAUUGACUACACGUCUGGUGUUGCAUCGCUGAGUGGCACAUUUGGGCACGGAGACGCUGCCAACCUGGACAAGAGCGUGCGCCAGGAGCUGUACGACGUCACCUCCUUCUUCCGCACCACUACUCCCUCGCAAGAGGUUCUGUCGUCGCCCUUGCUGCGGACCACAACCGGGGUGCAAGAUGUGCUGGCCGCGGCGAUGGAGGCCUGCGGGGUGAUGCUUGUGUACCCUGUCCGUACCUUUCACCCCGUCACCUCGCUUGCCCACUGUCUCACGUUCAAGCUGGGCAGCUCUGCUGGGAGGGUGUUUGACGCGCUUGUGCAUCUGAAGCUGCUUGAGGGAAAGCUGGUGCGCUUCGAGGUGAUCGACCUCGCACCUGUGAAGCGGCUGCUGCUUCAGCAGCUUAUGGCAUCUCUGCCCAGCAUCCCAUCGAAUGAAGCGUCAACACCGGUUCCAGCGCAGCCGAAGCAGCGCACUGUGGAACUGCCAACACUUGUGAAAACACUACGCAAGACAGAGGUGAUCAGCUCUUCAGUGGUACUGGCGCGCAUUCUCUCCAACAAGUUCCAGCCUGCCUAG